GUCGCUCAGACAUGGCGGAGGAUACAGUGUAACUGAGGAUCAGCGGCGGAGUUACGUGAGUUUUCCCAGCAGUUGAGUCGGCAAAGGGCGCAUUAAAUGUUACAGAAGAGGAGGAAAAUGUGUUCGGUUAAAGCGUACUCUGAGGGGAAGCAAAAAACGACCUGAACUGCCACACACGAGUAAGAUGGAAAAAUGUAUCGCUGUUUAGUGCAGUCAACAGCCUUGGGCAACAAAUAUGGCUUCUUGUGCCUUUUUCAAUAUGCUAUAAAAAUUGAUCUCCCGUGCAACCUAACGCCGUGGUGGCUCCGGCGAACUUCUGCAAGCCGCGAUAAGUUAAGUUCAAUAAUCGCUCGGUACUUUUGAUCGGUAAGGAUAUUACACCCACUUGGCCGUCUGGGUUAGCUGGGAAGCUACGGAACUACAGCGGAUAGCAAUGGAGCCAAAGCACAAAGAGUUGCUAGACCAGUGCCACCAGAACUUAUUGGAGUCCAUAACAGAUGCGGACCGAGUGAUCGAGCUGCUGAUAGUUUCUGGUACCUUGAGUCAACUCGAUAGGUUCGAACUGGACCAGAACUGUUCGUCCAGCGCCGAGAAAGUAGACCACCUUUUGAAGAUGCUGAUGAACAAGGAGAGCGACCAUUUCCUCGACCUGUGUGUGGCCCUGGAGAAGGCAUACCCUGACCUGUAUACUGCCCUGUUCAGCAACAACGGCGGUGGACCUGUGGACCACUCCACCGGUUCCACAUACAGCGUUCUGUCCACCAUGCCCUCUGACUCCGAAAGCAGUAGCUCCCUCAGUAGUGUUGGUUCGCCUGUUAACGGUGAAGCGUCCUCCCCGCCCCCAGCCAUCAAUGACAACCGGCCAUCCGGUGACAACUUGGAUACCAUCUUGUUCCAGCUCCGCCAGGUGACCAGGGAGAGGGAUGAGCUUCGUAAGCGUCUGGCGUUGGCAUCGCCUGGGACCACCUUCGAUGACUGCAGGCCAAAUUCCAAAGCCAGUCAUGAUUAUGAGCGUCUGAAAAGCCAGUGCAUGAGGGCCAUGGCGGAUCUGCAGUCUCUCCAGAACCAGCACACCAAAACACUCAAAAGGUGUGAGGAGGCUGUAAAAGAGGCUGACUUCUACCACAUGUUGCACAGCCGCGUCCUGGGCGAACAAACACAGCUGAAGGAGGAGAUGGAGACACUCAGGAGGGACAAUGCCCAACUUGUCCGAGAGCACAACCACCUUAAACAGAACUGCGAGGAGCUCCAACGACUGCACAGUCAAGACCAGAAGGAAUUGGCAGACCUCCGGCAGCAGCAACAGCAGGUAAUGAGAGAGAAAGGCUCAUCAGAGGUGUUGAACAAACUGUAUGACACAGCCGUGGACAAGCUGGAGGGUGUAAAGAAGGAGUACGACGCCCUGAGCAAGCGCUACAGUGAGAAGGUGGCGAACCAUAACACAGACCUGAGCCGCCUGGAGCAGGCCGAAGAGGAGAACCGGCGGCUGCAGAAGCAGCUGGAUGCGUUGCUCAAACAGCGCGACUCAGCCGUGCACUACCAGCAGCAGUACUCCACCUCCAUGAGAAGGUUUGAUUCAGUGCAGCUGGAGCUGAACAAGUCCUCGGCCCAGAACAAGGAGCUGCAGAGAGAGAUGGAGCGCCUGCAGUCGGAGGUGACGCGCUACAAGAACCUGCAGCUGAAAGCAGCCAAGGACUGCGAGAAGUACAAGGAGGAGAGGGACUCUGUGUUCAACGAGUAUCGUCUCAUCAUGAGUGAGAGGGACCAGGUGAUCAAAGAGCUGGACAAGUUACAGACGGAACUGGAGGCAGCCGAGGCCCGACUGAAGAACACCUCCUCAGAGAGAGUGGUGGCCAGUGAAGAGUUGGAGGCGCUCAGACAGGAGUUGAACUCAUCACUGGUGGACCGUGACAGGGCCAUCUGCGAGAGGAACGAGCUGCUGGAGAAGUACUGCCACGAGGUGAAGGACAAGGCCGAGGCCCAGAAGGAGCUGAGCCAGGCCUGCAAGGACAUCGAGACGGUCCGGGAGGAGAGGGACGUGGCCCGCAAGGAGAGAACGGAGGCCAUCAUUCAAAGGGAUCAGUUACUCCGAGAGUACUACCAGGCCAGACAGAAACAAGAUUCAGCCACCCUGGACAUGGAACGAGCCAAUAAGGAGAUUGAGAUGCUGAGGAAACAGUACGAGGCCAUGUCUCAAGAACUGAAGGAGGCCUCACAGGAGGCUGAGGUGGCCAAAUGUCGACGGGACUGGGCCUUCCAAGAGAGGGACAAAAUAGUGGCGGAGAGGGAGAGCAUAAGGACUCUGUGUGAUAAUCUACGGCGGGAAAGGGACCGGGCAGUCAGCGAUCUGGCAGACGCCCUGCGAAAUCUGGACGAUAUGAGGAAACAGAAGAACGACGCGUUGCGAGAGCUCAAAGAACUUAAGGAGAAGAUGGAGAGCCAGCUGGAGAAGGAGGCCCGCUUCUGUCAGCUAAUGGCCCACAGCUCUCACGACUCGGCCAUCGACACAGACUCCCUGGAGUGGGAGACAGAGGUGGUGGAGUUUGAGAAAGACAGGGAUGACAUGGAUUUGAAGGCACUUGGGUUUGAUAUCGCUGAGGGGGUAAAUGAUCCGUAUUUACCAGGAGAUUGUGGAAUAUUUGUUACGAGGGUGGACAAAGGAAGUAUCGCAGAUGGAAGGUUAAGAGUGAACGAUUGGUUGUUGAAGAUUAAUGACAUCGACCUGACCAAUAAGGACAGGAAGCAGGUGGUGAAGGCUGUCCUUAAUGGUGGAGGAUUGAUCAACAUGGUGGUACGAAGAAGGAAGUCUCUGGGAGGAAGGCUGGUCACUCCUGUUCACAUCAAUCUGGUGGGACACAAAGACAGUGGUAUUGGUCUGGAGAGCGGGGUUUUUGUCACCGCUGUCGUCCAGGGCAGUCCCGCCGCCAGGGAAGGUUCUCUCACAGUUGGAGACAGACUGAUCGCUAUAAAUGGCAUUGCUCUGGAUAACAAAUCUGUGACAGAGUGUGAGGCUCUGUUGAGGAGCUGCAGGGACUCUCUUAGCCUCUCUCUCAUGAAGUUCUUCCCUCACAGCACGUCAGGCCAGAACAUCUUUGAAAGUCUGCGUGAGUCGUCAGAAAAGUCCAACGGGCGCAUUCACCUGUCAGAGAUUCACUCUCGGAACAGCCGCAACCUCAAACACAACAGCUCGACACAGACUGACAUCUUCUGCCCCGAUGUUGGGAGCACUAGCACAAGUAGCAUCUCUGGGGAGAGGAGGAAGGUCAGAGGUGAAUCUGAGGAGGUAUACAGCGACAUCAGCAAGCCGUUCUCCACAGGUUCCCUCCACGCCACCAGCCUUCGGCCGGCCUCUGACUUGGGCACUGGACGCUACGGGCCCAGUGCUUUCCAAGAGUGCUGUCCCUACCCAAAGGGGCCUUCCUCCUUGCCCUUUGACCCUGUCUCGCCCUCAGACUGCAUCACAAUGGAGACAACCUUGGAGAAGAAGCACAGUGGGGGUACGUGGCCCAAGAUGAUGGUUGGAGGUAUGUCUGUUGCACCAGAUAACUCCAGUCCAGUCACAGCUGCAGCCCAGCUCUCCAUCUAUAAAUCACCCAAGCAGAGGAAGUCCAUCUUCGACCCAGACACUUUCAAACGCCCUGAAACACCUUCCUCUAAGAUGGAGUACAUGGCGGCCAAUCAGAUUGCAGCAGUAGCUGCCGCUGCUGCAGCUUCCCAUUCCCCUCAGCCCUCGAAGACGGAGUCCCUCUCCUCCUCAUCCACCCCUACCCCAACCCCUCCUACCCCACCCACUCGCAGUGACUCCUUUAAGUUCAAACACAAACAUCAAAGCAGCUCUGCCUCUGACUGCACAAUCACCUCAGACGGCAAGGGAGAGGCUGUCAUCUCCAUGGCAGCAGGAGAGAGCAGAGAGAGGAGCGAGCGAGAAAGAGACAGGAAUGGAAACCACUAUUUCCUGGACGGCAAGGUCCUGACCUCGAGGAAGUCUUGUGACGAGGACAUCGGCCGAACCAGAGGGGAGGAGCCAGAAGUGAAGAGACCACGCCCUAAAUCUGCCCCUGCCCUCCGACGUAGGAUGACACCCCAGACCAUCACUCUUCCCACCUUCCAAAGCUACUCUAACGACGAGCAUUCACCAGAGCCCAGGGACAUGCUGCGUUCCUCCCCCAGCCGAUCCCAUAGGCACAGUGUCGGCUUCGUCCCCACAGUCUACAAUGGCACCCUACCUCCUAAUUCAGCCCACCGGGGGCUGGCUCCUUGCCCCGCUGUGACUGCCGUGAUGAGGAAUCCGGUGUACACCGUGCGCAGCCACCGCGUUCAUACCAGCAACUGUCCAUCUGUCGCCUCCCAGAUAUGUCACCAGCACACCCACACCAGCCCCCAACACCAGGGUCGUCUGAGCCUGGACCUAAGCCAGCAGAAGCGCACAAGUGACUACUCUGAAUCCUCGUCGUCGCGCAGCAGCAGAGCUUCACACGGUACAAACUCACUGCCCUCCAGUGCACGGCUCGGUUCUUCCAAUAAUGUCCAGUACCGAACAGAGAGGAUCAAAAUCCCUUCCACUCCCCGCUACCCCCGCUCCAUGCUGGGGUCAGACAGAGGCUCCCUCUCGCACUCCGAGUGUAGCAGUCCCAGUCUCAUCACACCUCCACAUUCGCCACUCAAUCUAGAGACUUCCUCGUUUGCCAGCAGCCAAUCACAAGGUUCCAUUUCCACUUUACCUCGGAUCUCAGUCAGCCCUGUGCCAAUAGGGGAGCGCAGGAAAGACAGAUCUCUUUACCGUAACCGAUCUUUUCUAAGGAUUCCUCUGGCUGCAAGGCCGAGGUUCUCCUCUCUCAGGAGCCUCAGGCCAUACUUGGAGGAACCCCGCAAUGUCAUCGUGCACAAAGGUGCAGAGCCUCUCGGCAUCUCCAUCGUCGGUGGGGAGAACGGAGGAAUCUUUGUCUCUAAAGUUACUGGAGGCAGCAUCGCCCACCAGGCAGGAUUGGAGUAUGGAGACCAACUACUGGAGUAUAACGGCAUCAACUUGCGGAACGCCACGGAGCAGCAGGCUCGUCUCAUCAUCGGCCAGCAGUGUGACACCAUCACCAUUAUGGCCCAGUACAACCCACACAUGUACCAGCUGGGCAACCACUCUCGCUCCAGCUCCCGUCUGGAGCCGGUCAGUACUCAGUCGACUCCCCAAGGAAGUGGGGCUGCCACCCCCGACAAUCACUCCACCAUCGACACACUCAGCGAACAAGACGAGGGCACGCUCACUCCCUCCUCCAAACAGACCACACCCACUACCAGCCCCCACAAUUUCAUCAGAAUGCCGUCUGAGGGCAGCAGGAAGGUGGGUGAGCCACGGCUCGUGACGGUGCGCAGGCCUGGAGUGGAGGUGGGAGUGACACUCUGCGGAGGGAACCUACGGGGCAUCUACAUAGAGAGCCUGGAUGAGGACAGUCCUGCCAGAGGCCCUGAGGGGCUGCUGCCUGGGGACCUCAUCUUAGAGUAUAACUCGGUGAAUAUGAAGAAUAAGACGGCAGAAGAGAUGUACGUCGAGAUGCUGAAGCCUGCAGAGAUGGUCACAUUCAAGGUGCAGCAUCGGCCAGAUGAAUUCAUUAUGCUCAAAGAUGUUCCAGGAGAUGGCUUUUAUAUUAGAGCACUUUACGACCGGGUGGGGGAGGCCGAGGGGGACCUCAGUUUCAAGAAGGAUGACAUCCUGUACGUGGAUGAGUCUUUACCAAAGGGCAGCUUCGGGACCUGGAUGGCCUGGCAGCUAGAUGAGAACGCACAGCAGAUCCAGAGGGGGCAGAUCCCCAGCAAGUACAUGAUGGACCAAGAGUUCUACCGCAGACACAGUGUGACAGAAAUGAAGGAAGACUCCAGCAAGACUCUCUCUGCAGCGGCCCGCAGAUCCUUCUUCAGAAGGAAACAGAAACACAAACGCAGCAGCUCCAAAGACAGCAAAGAGAUGGUGGCUCUGGACGCCAUCAGCACAGACUCCAUCCCUUUCCUUGAUGACUGCGUGAGCUUGGCGUACCAGCGGGUCCAGAAGGUGGAGUGCACCUCUCCCCGACCGGUACUCAUCCUCGGGCCGCUCACUGACCCAGUCAAGGAGAUGCUCGUGAAAGAGUCACCUGGGAAGUUCUGCAGAUGUGUACUGGAGGUGAUGAAGGCAUCCCAGCAAGCCAUCGAGCGGGGCGUCAAGGACUGCCUCUUCAUCGACUACAAGCGCAGGAGUGGCCAUUUUGAUGUGACCACGGUUGCUUCUAUAAAGGAAAUAACAGAUAAGGGCUGUCACUGUUUGCUCGACAUCGCCCCGCACGCCAUCGAAAGGCUCCACAGCGUUCACAUUUAUCCAAUUGUUGUCUUCGUCCGCUACAAAAAUGCCAAGCAGAUCAAGGAGCAGAAAGAUCCAGUUUAUCUGCGGGACAAAGUCUCUCAAAAACAUUCCAAGGAACAAUUUGAAAGUGCACAGAAGAUAGAGCAGGAGUACAGCAAAUUCUUCACAGGUAUUGUCCAAGGUGGCACCCUCCCUUACAUUUGCACUCAGAUCAUGACUAUAGUUGAUCAAGAACAAAGUAAAGUCCUGUGGACUCCACUUGGCUGCCCCUAGAGGAGACUGGCUGCCACUACAGCAAGCUGCAGCUUUCAUCUCCAUUCCCCAAACACUAAUUAACUCUUUCACACUAUACCAAUAGGUACCCUACAGCGAGCUAGUUAUGUAAAUUAUUGAUAUUUUUUUAUUUGUUAUGAUUUAUAAUCAGAGCCUCCUUUAUUUCUGAUGUACUCCGGAGCAGGUUAGUAGCACUGGAUCUCGACGUUAGAGUUCAUUGAGUCUUCCCUAAGGGUUUCUGGUGGUGUAUUUGUAAUGCUGCAUUAUAAGCAUCCGUUUACAGUCAAAAGACGAGUCUGAGUAUUGAUGUUCAAUAUUUGCUUGAAUGCGUGUCCCUCCCCCCUGUGUACACAAACCUCAACACUAAUGAAGUUCAGCAACCCCUGACCCACCCGUGUACCAAAUGACAUUUGUGGUUUCCCUACAAAUAUGCACCCAUUUGACAACGACUGACAACUAAUUGUGUGCGCGUGUGUGUGUGUGUGUGUGUGUGUGUGUGUGUGUGUGUGUGUGUGUGUGUGUGUGUGUGUGUGUGUGUGUGCGUGCGUGUGUGUGUGUGUGUGUGUGUGUGUGUGAGAGAAAACAGCAUUGAGACUGUUGUUCACAAUUGUAAUGACAAUUUCAGAUGAGUUGUUUUGUUAGUGUGAAUACGAUGCUAUAGAAAUGGAAUGCCAGGAUCAGACAUCACAUUCCUUUGUGGUGUUUCCUCACAAAAGUGCAAAAGCAUCAAACCUCUUGAGGUAUGCAGCUGCGUUCUCACGGAACUCGACUGCCAGCAGCGACGGCCAUGAAAACUCAAAACACAUCGAUGUGUGCUCUAUGCAUUGUGUUUCUAUAGUAGCCGGUUGUGCGGACAGUUUAUGGGCCUUUCGGAAGUGCCUUCGGAGAAGAAGCCUGAUCUGAAACCAGCCCCUGGUCACUUAGCCAGAACAUUCAGAUGAUUUUUUGAAAGUUUUUCUUCAAGAUCCGAUGUAAUCAUUUCGCCUAUCGUGGACUAGAUGAUUUAGGGGCUGAUUUGAGACCAGUACAGUGCAUGACAAUGGCGAGGUUUUGAGGGUCGGCCGACGCGGCGGCCAACGGGUUAACUCCUCAGAAUGCACUCCAGGGCUAGACAGACCACUGUGUAACUAUCAUUCUAUCUCUUUAACAUAUAUUUAACAACAAUAUAGAGUAUAACAUAUACAAUAUGCAGAUACAUCUGAAAAAAAAAAAAAUUAUAUAUAUUACAUGUAUUUUCACUAGGUCAUACGCCUAGGAACGUCUGGCAGUCAAGUCAUGUCUUAGCAGGUAUUAGCAUGUUUUUUUUUUUCCUUUAAGUUUAUUUUUUGUUUUUUUGUGGUUGGUUGUCAGUCACUUAUCGAUGUACUCAUUAAAAGAGACACUAUGAAGCAAAAUUUGCAGGGUAAUAUCUUAAAUGAUUUUCCUCUGGUCCGUUUAAAUGUUAGUGACUUUUCAUUGUUAUUUAAUUGUAUUUUUUAUUCAGGAGGCAAAAAAUAUUGACAAAAAUAUUCUGCCCUUCCUCGAAACCAUAUCCUGUAUCUUAAUGUGCCAAAAUCCACUAAGGCAACUUUAUCCUUUUUAUUUCUGUUUUGCACUUGUUUAUCUGUGAACCUUAAACAUGUAACUGUUCCUAGGUUUUCAGUAGACUAUGAAUAGGUACUAUAAUUUCUACUGUAACUAAUUCACAUUUUAUGUAUCACAUCAGUUCCUUACAUUUCAUUGAUGGCCUUUUUAUUCUUAAUUAGAAAAAAAAGGAUCACUUCUUAUUUGAAUUAUUAAAAAGGGAUCUAUUCUUGCACAGUUUUUCAAAGGAAAAUUAGUCCACAAGUUUGACUAUUGGGCUAAAAGAGUAAGCAGAAGCAAACUGUAAUGUUACUAUUUUUCUGAGUAGAUAGCAUAUGUUAUAGAGAGAGACAGCGGGAUACAACGUGACUCGGUUGUAUUUUUAGAAAGAAGAAUCUAGAUGCCAGGUACUGAUUGAACUUUUCUUUUAUUAAAAAGAAUGUGAUUUGUAUGUUGAGACAUUAACAUGAGAAUAAAACUCAUUUUCUGUAUCACAA